AUGGAGCCCAGCAACAGGACAGCAGUCUCGGAAUUCACCUUAAAGGGAUUUUCUGGCUACCCAGCCCUAGAACACCUACUCUUUCCUCUGUGCUCAGCUAUGUACCUGGUGACCCUGCUGGGGAACACGGCCAUCGUGGUGGUGAGCGCGCUGGAUGCCCGCCUGCACACGCCCAUGUACUUUUUUCUAGGUAAUCUCUCCAUUUUGGACAUCUGCUACACAUCUACUUUCAUACCCCUGAUGCUGGUCCACCUCCUGUCACCCCGGAAGACCAUCUCCUUUAUUGGCUGUGCCAUCCAAAUGUGCCUGAGCCUUUCCACAGGCUCCACAGAGUGCCUGCUGCUCGCCAUCAUGGCCUAUGACCGCUACCUGGCCAUAUGCCAGCCACUCAGGUACCCUGUGCUCAUGAGCCACAGGCUCUGCCUGACGCUGGCAGGAGCCUCCUGGGUGCUCUGUCUCUUCAAGUCAGUUGCAGAAACGGUCAUCGCCAUGCGGCUGCCCUUCUGUGGCCACCACGUGAUCAGACACUUCACCUGCGAGAUCCUGGCUGUGCUGAAGCUGGCCUGUGGGGACACCUCCAUCAGCGAUGCCUUCCUGCUGGUGGGAGCCAUCCUCCUGCUGCCUGUACCCCUGUCCCUCAUCUGCCUGUCCUACAUACUAAUCCUGGCCACCAUCCUGAGGGUGCCCUCAGCCACUGGGCGCCGCACUUUCUCCACCUGCUCGGCGCACCUGGCUGUGGUCCUGCUUUUCUACAGCACCAUCAUCUUCAUGUACAUGAAACCCAAGAGCAAGGAGGCCUGUGUCUCUGACCAGGUCUUCACAGUCCUCUAUGCGGUGGUGACCCCCAUGCUGAACCCCAUCAUCUACAGCCUGAGGAACAAGGAAGUGAAGGAGGCUGCCAGGAACCUGGCAGCUCACCGCUGUCUGUAA